UAACUUUGGCAUCUAUGAGAUGCGGAUGACUGAGUCUAGAGGUGGUGUGCAACCUCCCCAUCAGAAAAAAUUCAAGGAGACGCACACCUUCAAAAAAAAGGCGGGAAAAGAUCAAGAGCCAUCGUGGAUCAAUGAAAAAGCAAAGUAUCGAUAUGUAAAUAGUCAUGGCUCUGAUGCUAGUUCGUGGCCACGCAUGGAUAAUGAGGCAUGGGUUAAGGCUGUUGGAGGUUGCUCAUCUAAUUUCAUGCCAGGGAUUGGCUCCCAAGUAAAUCUAGAGAUGUCUGUUGCAGCAGCUCUAGCCGCUCAUGGCAUUUCCCCUCAGGCAGGUCAUCAUCCAGUUGCCCCACCACAGCCGUCACAUGGUCCUAGCUCAGGUCUUCGCAUGAAUUCAGCUUUCACCUACUCCACUGAUUCUACACAAACCUCUCCUAUGGUCCCUGAAUAUCAGCAGCAGCGGCAGUUUCCGCCUCAAGAUGAUGAUGCAUACCAUCCUACUUUUGAUCCAGACUAUCAUGGUCCUUAGUUUUUUUAUUUUUCUGCUAUGCACAUUAUCUGCAUACUUUGCAUGGUUGGCUUUAUUUCUAUUAGUACUUUAAACUGUUAGCUUUAGUUUUAGCUUUUAUUACGAUAUAUUUUCUUAUUUUGCUUGACCUCUAGUGAUCAUACUUCAAAAGGUAUGAAGUUUUGGACUGCUUUGGAGGUUAAAUAUUAUUAACUAAAUAUCGUGGGUAUUU